AUGUCUACAGAAUCAAAACACCCAGGCGAACUAUCUCUCUCCAAACUCCUCGCCACACUGACGACAAAACUACACCCAAAAAUCUAUGUCUUUGCCGUCAUCAAGGACGAAUCCAAGCUGCCGCCCUUCUCCGAGGUGGACAUGCUGUUCCGCGAAGCCGACUCAGAAGGCGUCACCGUCAUCGCAUCUCGCCAAUACGCAGAAGCCCAAGGCAUAGAAUACUUCUUCCCCUGCAGGAAGAUGACGCUCGACGUCACGUCUAGCCUUGAAGCCGUUGGGUUCAUUGCUGUUGUGGCUACGCGACUUGCUGCAGGUGGCAUGGGGGUGAACCCCGUGAGCGGCUUCUACCAUGAUCACCUCUACGUGCCCGAUGGAAAAGAGGAGGAUGCGGUUAGGAUUAUAGCCGAGUUGGCCGAAGAGAAGAAGCGGGAAACUGGAAUUAAUUAG